AAAACACUUCCGCAAAUCUAGUCUGUUUGUGUUUUUGAGGAGAUCUCCUCAGACCACCUCUUAAGUUCACAAGCUUGGCGACUGUGAGAGUUCAACCCCUCGGUUCGAUAUAAAAAAACGGAGACAAAAUGGCAUCGGACUCUCCACGCAGACCAAGUCGCUGUGCUGGAGGGGUUAUAGUACGAGCACAAGCUGCAACGGAGCAGUCUUACAUGGAAAGUGUGGUGACAUUCUUGCAGGAUGUGGUUCCCCAGGCAUAUACUGGGGCUCCUCCAACUGAUGAAAAAGAGAAAGUCAUCUGGGUUCGGUAUGAGAAAGCUGACAUCAAUGACACAGCUCGUAACCCAGAGUUUAUGGAGAUGCAUAGUGGUACUACUGACCCACCGCUCUGCCUCAUGAUUGGCUACACUGAUGGGAUGCAGAUCUGGAGCAUAUCUUUGGCAGGUGAAGCCCAGGAGCUGUUCUCAGUGCGUCAUGGUCCUGUACGAGCUGCUCGCAUCCUUCCCGCUCCUCAUAUCAGUCCUCUGAAGACAGACAGUUUCGCUGACAAGAGGCCCCUGCUGGGGGUUUGCAAGAGCACAGGAUCCUCUGGUUCAAGCCCCCCGUACUGCUGCGCUGACCUGUACUCUCUACGGACGGGGGAAAUGGUCAAAUCAAUUCAGUUCAAGACGCCCAUCUACGAUCUCCACUGCAACAAACAUAUAUUGGUCGUCAGCCUCCAAGAGAAGAUUGCGGCGUUUGACAGCUGCUCUUUUACGAAGAAGUUCUUUGUUACAAGCUGCUAUCCCUGCCCCGGCCCCAGCCUCAAUCCUAUAGCUCUGGGAAGCCGCUGGCUAGCCUACGCUGAGAAUAAGUUGAUCAGAUGUCAUCAGUCCCGUGGAGGGGCCUGCGGUGACAAUGCACAGUCCUAUACAGCCACAGUGAUCAAUGCCGCCAAAACUCUAAAGACAGGUCUGACGAUGGUGGGUAAAGUUGUCACCCAGUUGGCAGGAACACUGCCAGCGGCCACUCCAGAUGACGAAGGCACACCUCACUGUGCAAGUCGACGCAGCCCCCACAACCCUGGAGUGGUCACCAUCAUCGACACACACAAUGUUGGAGAGGGACAGGUCCUGGUGAGUGAGGACUCUGAUGGAGAAGGAGUGGUGGCUCACUUCCCAGCUCAUGACAAACCCAUAUCCUGUAUGCAAUUCAACCCCAGUGGAAUGCUGCUGGUGACUGCCGACACUCUGGGCCAUGAUUUUCACGUCUUCCAGAUCCUAACCCACCCCUGGGCAUCUGUACAGAGUGCUGUUCACCACCUGUAUACGCUGCAUCGUGGGGAGACAGAGGCCAAGGUCCAGGACAUGUGUUUUAGCCAGGACAGCCGCUGGGUUGCCGUCAGCACCCUCCGUGGCACCACCCACGUCUUUCCCAUCAACCCAUACGGCGGUGCCCCCUGCGCUCGAACGCACAUGUCCCCACGGGUCGUCAACCGGAUGUCUCGAUUCCAAAAGAGCGCCGGCCUGGAGGAGAUUGAACAGGAGCUGAACAGGGCCGCUGCCUUAGGAGGGGGAGCAGGCGGGGGAGGCAUAGGAGGAGGGGGCUGCAUCCUGGGUGGAGGAGGAGGCAUCGGAGGCCGCUGUAGCCCCAUACCUGGUCUGUCCAGCAGCCCAUCAGGGUCACCACUGCACGCCAAACUGAGCAGCCAGGACUCGUACAACAACUUCACCAACAACAACAUGGGGAACCCUCGACUGUCACCACUGCCCAGCCUCACCGUGGUGCUGCCCCUGGCUCAGAUCAAACAGCCCAUGACACUGGGCACCAUCACCAAACGAACUGGACCCUACCUCUUUGGGGCGGGAUGUUUUGCCAUUAAAACUCCAUGCAAAGCCAAGCCACCCCCUCAGAUCUCACCAAGCAAGUCCAGUGGAGGGGAGUUCUGUGUGGCCGCCCUGUUCGCCUCCUCUCGAUCCUGGUUCCUCACCAACCCUAACAUCAAAAGAGAGAAAGACCAAUCUAGACAGUCAGUUGUGGACUCGCUGUACAUCAUCAGUUGCUAUGGUAACUUGGUUGAACAUGUCCUGGAGCCUCGGCCAAUAAGCAGUGCUCAGAAAAUUAGUGAUGACACACCUUUGGAACUUAGCACAUGUCCAAGAGCCUGCUGGACUCUAGCCAGGACUCCACAAUGGAAUGAGUUACAGCCACCCUUCAACUCCAAUCACCCCUUGGUGCUGUCCUCAGACCUGGUGCAGUAUUAUCAGCACCUUCUGGCUGCGCUGCCCCCAGGAAGCCCGGGCCCAAUCACACGUCACGAGUCAUCAGACAGCCUGGCAUCCGACCACAGCGGACAGGAAGACGAGGAGUGGCUUUCUCAGGUGGAGAUUGUGACCCACACAGGUCCACACCGGCGCCUUUGGAUGGGCCCCCAGUUUCAGUUCAAGACCAUUCACCCCUCAGGCCAGACCACAGUCAUCUCGUCUUCUUCGUCAGUGCUUCAGUCCCAGGGCCCCAGUGAUGUCCAGCAGCCGCUUUUGGACUUCGACACAGAUGACCUGGACCUUCACAGCCUCAGGAUCCAACCAGUCCGCUCAGAGCCCGUCAGCAUGCCCGGUUCAUCUCGGCUAGUGGCUGAUCGUCGAGGACAAUCCAACUUAAUGGAUGCGGGAUCAGGUUUUUCCUAAAAGCGAAGCUCCUCACACUGCCAAUUACCAUUUUACUUGAUUUCUUUGCUUUUUUUUUUCCUUGCAAGCAUGUCUCAUAAUUUUCGUUCCACCUUCAUCUGUCCAUCCAUCCUUCCCUCGCUCCUUCCCCACCCAGUCAUUGUUUUAUCAUUGGUGUGAGAGAAAGAGAAGAGGACAGGCGAGAGGAGGAUGAGGAGAAGGAGGAAAAGAGGAAGAUGGACAGCUUUCUACCUGUGUGUCUUUCUGUUUGUCCGUCUGUCCGUCUGUCUCCAGAUUCAUAUGUAGGAGCUUAAAAUUUGCAUUGUGUUUCAACACACAUCGAGCCUCAACAUUACAAUAUGUAUUUGCUUUAUGCUAAUGCUAAUCCCCACUAGCUCUAGAUUCAUGGGAAAAAAAACCCUGAAGAUUGACACUAAGUAAAUGAGGCAUAUGAACUGCCAUGAUCAAAUAUUUUGUUAUGUAAAAAUGUUUCCUUUUUGUGCAUUUAGGUAUGUUCCUGUUGCAUGAAAGUUCUAUCAAAUCUCAAAGUAUCUAUAAAUUUAAUUGGUGUUCAAGAGCACACGUUGGCCAACUAGAAAAAUUUAAGUAUUUUAUUGUAAAUGAACUUAAAUUAUUAUUAGCAUUUCACCAAGAUCAAUAAUAUACAUUUGAAGUAUGGACAAAUACACAUAAUACAUUGUUAUAAUUUCUGAAAUAACAAAAAACAUGGCAAGUGUGAUUAUAAAUGUUCAAGUGCCAUAAGUAGCUAAUUUUCUUUUCUUUUUUUCUGUGCCUACCCCAUUUGUCUGCACCAUAGUAUUUAAAGUUUACUGUGAACAAGAGGUACAGCUAAUGGGGCCAGUGACCUGACAUUGUAAGUAUUAAUUGUAAAUAGUGAGAAGAAGCAGUUUGUGCAGAAGAGCCUUAUACGUAAACAAAAUACAAUACUGUUUGUUAGGAAGGACCACCCCAUCUUUUUAUGUAAGAUGCAUGGGGAGUCAGAAAAAAAUCUGUCUUAACAUAAUCAGGAUGCUUUUAAUGUGUAGGAAGAAGUAUCCAUCAGUAUCCCCAUAAUCGACCACAAGGAGAAUCAUAAAAUCAUCAAGUGUCUUUUGAUUAGCAAAACAAAAGGGUGAGUUGUUUCUUUACAAAAAUAUCUAUUUUUAACUUAACAGUGUGUUUGUUAGGUGGCACAGCAUUGUCAGAUUUAAACCCUCUUAGGUUUGAUCAUUGAGAUCUGAAAUGUAUGUAAAGUGUCCAGAUUUGAAGCAGAAGACCCAGAAGAUGUAUGUCACAGUUUGAGAUGAAUUAUGUGGAUGGUAUGUAAUUAAAAAAAA